GUUCUUUACAAAACUGUCAAACUGCUGAUUGGGGCGGAAUGUGACUCACGUUUUUACCACAAUUCUCAAAGUCAAAGUCAAGGCGAGUUGCGUUGCACGUACCAAUUUGCAAGUAAUUAAUUUUCUCCACUCCUUCAAUCCGCCUGAGCACAACAAAGCAAAUCGAUCAAUUUCGAUCCGAAAAGGUACCAAAUCACCGAAAACCCGAACCUUGUUUGAAAUCCGGGAUGUCUAAAUUACUUCAAAUUGGGACAACCUUAAAACGAAUUGCUGUGGGUGGUCAGGCGAGAUUUUCUGUAUCCAGUGUCGUCAAUUCUUCUAAUACUGCAGCAAGUGUAACUGGAGAGCCGUGGAUUCCACCAUAUGAACAGCGCAUUGGCGAACCUACUGAAACUAUCAGGGCUCGUCUCUUAUACCAGAGCCGGAAACGGGGCAUGUUAGAGAACGGAAUCCUGCUUUCGACAUUUGCUGCAAAGUAUUUGGAUCGUAUGACCGAAUUGGAACUGAAGGAGUACGAUCGUCUCAUUAAUUUGCCAUCGAACGAUUGGGAUAUCUAUUACUGGGCGACUGGCGUUAAACCAAUUCCUUCCGAGUUUGACACACCCAUUCUGCACAAGUUUGCUGGACACGUUAGAAAUACGGAGAAAGAACAGCGGUUCAAACAGCCAGAUUUGUGA